CCUCAAACAACUAUGCAAAUCAAUAGGCACGUGUUAGAUUGACAUUAUCAGCUACGGCUCCGGUCUUUAGGAUGCCAUGUCCAACAAGUUCCUUACAAAUAGAGGGUCGUUUUUUUCUGUGAAAUCAUGUCAUCGUACAAUCGCUGCGCAAUAGCCUACAACCGACAACAGAUUUCGCGUGGGAAACAUCAAUAGGUCCCAGUCCCCUGAACUAAAUCCACGCCGUGAUUUUCAGCACUCCGAGGUUGAGGCAGGUAGUCUGUGCUGUCGUUCGUGUCUGUGUUCAAAUUCAAAACACGGACUGCGCUGCGAGUCCCGCUCCACUUGCCACAGGUGGUUCGUCUCCUCCGGGUUUUACUUAUUCUUCAGCACUUUCUCUCGGAGUUGCCGGAGCUCCCUCGCCUGUUUUGCCCGAUAUCCUCCAACUUGGGUAACGUCUCGCAGCCCCGUGGACUACUACACAACUGCAUCCUUUGAAAAAUAUGGCGGGACCACCGCCAAAGCAGCCUUCUGAACACUCGCGACUAAUUGGACGUGUCGUUUUAUAGGCGAUUUUACGCGAGCAUUUGCUGUUUUAAUUACAGAACUCUGUUCGCCAUCUGGAGUUUGUUGAACAUGCCGUUUCACCUACGGACUGUGGAGCCCCAGCGCGUGUGCAGGUUGAAGGGGAAGAACCGCAGGGCUCCCGGAGAUGAGAGCGGCUUUGUGGUGGUGGACGGGAGGAAAGUUCGGAAGCCCGUUUUGUUUUCGUCCCUGGAGGAUGUUUGUAGCCAAACACUUACCGGUAUUCUUCUUCAACUAUCGGACCUAUCUCGACACGCCAGCGACGUGUUCCUGGACAUAGAGACCCAGGCUGGAUUGGUCUCGCGAAGAACCCACCGGAUUCAGCUGCGCCUGGAUGUCCUGCAGAACACCGUGCGCAAGUCUGAUCCCAAGAAGACCAAAAUCCCGGUGUCUAGCCUGGACGAGGAGAGCAAGUGGACGGUGCACUAUAGCGCCCCCUGGCACCAGCAGGAGAACGUCUUCCUGCCCGGCUCACGCCCGCCCGCCGUAGAGGACCUGCACCGCCAGGCCAAGGUCAACCUGAAGACCGUGCUCAGAGAAUGUGAUAAGUUGAGGAAAGAUGGCUUCCGCAGCUCUCAGUACUAUUCUCAAGGGCCCAUGUUCUCAGGCCCCGCCCCCGAACUCAGCAGCCAACCAGACGAGGAGGACGCUGAUGACAUGGACAGGAAGUCUGCUGCAUCAUCCAUGGAGGAAGAGAACUCUUCACAGCCAAUGAGGGCCCAGACAACAGCUCAGGGGGAGGGUCCAGACACAGUCGACGCCCCCAGCUCUUUAGGCCCCGCCCUGCCCACCCCCGAGGAGCGAAUGAGGCAGCAGGCGCAAGCCGUCAUCACCGACAUCGUCCCAAUCAACGUCACAGGGGAGACGUUCGACCGCCAGGCCAGCGUGCGGCGCUCUAUGCUAAACUCUGAUACGGUGGCCCGCAGGCCCAAAAAGGUCAAGAGGAGAAAGACUAUUUCAGGGCUGCCGGACAACCUCCAGCAGGAACUAGGUACGGUACGGCCGCCUCGGCUCCCUGCCCUCCUUCCUGUCGCCGCGCUCUCCUCUGCGGCCAUCUUCCCAUCAUGCACCUCUGCCAUGUAUGCUAAUCGCACAGCAGCAGCAGCAGGUGCGGGCCGGUGUGGAGAGGUGCGUCCCCACUCCAUGUUCCUGCCGGGUCAGUUCUGCACUCUGGGCCGCUCGAGCAGCGUGAGCGUGAGCGUGACCUCUGACCUGCGGCGCUCGGACACCUGCGACUCCGGCGUGCAGACGGAGGACGUGCGGGUCGUCGUGGUUCCCCCCAGCGUGCGCCGCAUCCGGGCCCAACGCGGCCACGGCAUCGCCGCUCAGAUGGCCGGAAUCCUGAGCCUGAUUGGCUCGCCCGCCGCCGGAGCCCCGCCCCUCUUCUUCAACGGCGACGCCCACCAGCAGCACCAGCGCUUCCUGAGCCUGCCGCGCGGCGCCCGAGUCUCGCUCCACGCAGAGCCGCUGUACAGUAGCACCCCCUGCAGGCCGGAGGAGAGAAGUGCGCCCGCAGGCACCGCUAGCACCUCCAGAGGGCAGAUCGGGCGGCUGCAGGUGGACGACACGGCGGUGCACCUGAGGAGCUCCCCUCGGCCAGGUGCGGGGGGGCGGCCGCGCUCACAGGAGGUGAGGGGCACGGGGGGGUCAGAGUGGGGGGGUCGUGGUGGUGGGGGGGCCGGGGGGCCGGUGUGUGUGCUGGUGUCUCCCCACGCCGCCUACUCCACCUCCGUCAUCCCCAACGCCACGCUGUCCUGCUCCGCAGAGGUCAUCGCCCUGCACACGACCCCCAGUGGCCCCACCCCCCACCCGCCGCACGGACGCCCUCUCAGCAUGACGGUCGCCACGGUGACCAACGGAGAGGGCCACGGCCGCCACGCCCACAGCUGCUCGGACGUCGCGUCCAGCACACACACGCUCCACAACAGCCAAUCGGACGCCGCCGCCGCCGCCGCCGCAGGAACCCCCGGGGACGAGCACUGGAUCUACGACACGCCCGAGAACGUGGCGCCCCGACGACGACCUCUGACCUCCAGCUGCUCCACCCCCAUCCAGCAGCUGUACGGCAGCCUGGAGAGGUCGUCUCUGGAGCGGUCGCCGCGGGAGACGGACUCGGGCUCGCUGUGCUCCGUGGACGCGGACGGCUACUACACCUCCAUGCACCUGGACUCCGGCCUGCGCUCGCGUUGCCAAGGCAACGGGGCGGCGGGCAGAGUACCCACGACGCGCCACAGCAUGUACGAGUGCCUGGGCGCCCCCGGCAACGACGACGAGCACGCCGGCGGUUUCUACGGCGACGGCAGCAGCACUACGCUCUCGCGCUCCAUCUCGCUCCGCAAGUCCAAGAAGCCGCCGCUGCCGCCCGCACGCACCGACUCGCUACGCCGCCGAGCGCCUCGCCAUGCCACCGCGAGCGCCCAAUCAGAGUCAGACGACGGGCGCGUGCUGCUCAACGCCUCUCUGAUGGCGUCGCUGCAGCACUCCCUGCAGCUGGGCCUGAGGGGCAAGAUGGCGUCCAAGUCCGCCUCCGCCUCCCACAGCCCGUCCAGCGACUACGACGAGCCCUGGACACACACACUGCGUCCGCAGAGCAGCCAGAGCAGCCUCAGCGCCGGCAGCAGCGGCCUCUCGCCACACACACACACACACACACACACCAACGCUAACGUGUACGCCCUGUGCCACGUCACGCCCGCACACAGCGACACCAGCAGCCUGCGCUCAGACUACACCGACUCCUGGGCCUACUACAUGGACCAGACGCACACACACACACACACACACACACACACGCCGUCCCCUGGACACACACACGCCAGUGGGGCGGGAGGAGGGGCCUUGGACGGGCAGACGGGGGAGGGGCUGGCGAACGGCGAGCGAGCGGCCCCUCAGGCCACAGCGCCCCCUGGCGGUCAGGAGGGGUCAGUGCUGGCGAUGGCGAAGGCUCAGGCGGGGGGGGGGUCGUCGUCUCCGGAGCGCGUGCAGCGGCUCACCUCGCCCUCCAGCGGCUACUCGAGCCAGUCCAACACGCCCACCGCGGUUACGCCCGUGCCCUCCUUCAUGCGCUGCCUCUCGCCCGCCGCCGUCGCCGCCGGCAACAAGCCACGCCCGCGCGUGCCGGAGAGGAAGUCCUCGCUGCUGUCGUCCGCGUCCAUUUCCUCCUCGUCCACCUCGCUCUCCUCCAACACCUCCGACUCCGCACGCAACCCCCCACCCCCUCCACCCCCUCUACCUGUGACCUACGACCUCCUGACCUCCGACACGCCCCUCUCCCCGCCGCCACCCUUCCCCGCGCCCCCUCCCCCCGUUACCCAGAUGCCCUCCUCCGCUCUACCCACAACCCCCCUCUCCUUAGCCCCGCCCCCUGCCUGUAGCUCCUCCCCCGAGUUCCCGCCGCCUCCCCCUGAGCUGCUAUUGGACGCCAUGAUGCUCAACAGCGUCCAGCUGCGCUCCGUCAGACGGCCCGCCGGAACCCACGCAGAACCUCCCGGAACCCACGCAGAACCUCCCAGAACCCACGCAGGACCUCCCAGAACCCACGCAGAACCCCCGCCGCCCGCACAGUUGCCCCUGGCAACCCGCGCCGCCCCUGAGCAGGACGAGUCCCACCCGCCCGGCGCUCCGGAGCCGAGCCAAUCAGAGGAGGGGCCUGCAGACGCACGGGACAGCGGCCAAUCAGAGGAGAGUCCUGCAGACGCACGGGACAGCGGCCAAUCAGAGGAGAGUCCUGCAGACGCACGGGACAGCGGCCCGCUCUGCAACGGCUCUGACCACCACGAGGGACGGACCUGCGCCCCUAACGACUCAGCACACCCGCCGCAGCAGGAGGAGGAAGAGGAGGAGGAGGAGGAAGAGGCCCAGCCUGCCGCCCCUCAGAGCCCUGCCCCUGCUCCUGCUCCUGCCCCUGCCCCUGCCCCCAAGCAGAAGCCCCCCGUGGCCACCAAGAAGCCCAAACUGCCCCUGGGGAUUAUUGCCCCCCGCGGGUCACCCCCACCCACCCCAGCCGAGGACCUGCCCCCCCCUCACACCAACGGGGUGGACGCAGCGCCCGCAGCACCGGGGCAAGAGAACGUCCAGCGCCGCCCAGAGCAACAGGGGCGCCCCCCGGUGGAGGGGCAGGACAGUGCAGCGGAGAGCACAGAGAGCGUGGAGGAGGCAGCUGACCCCCACGCCGACCCCCACGCUGACCCCCACGCUGACCCCGUGACCCCACGGGGCCUGCUGCACGGCGGCUCGGAGAGCACGAGCUUCAGGACGAGCGAGACGAGUGAGAUGAGUGUGUGUGUGAGCGAGACGAGUGUGUGUGAGCGCGAGACGAGUGUGUGUGUGAGCGAGACGAGUGUGUGUGUGAGCGAGACGAGUGUGUGUGUGAGCGAGACGAGUGUGUGUGUGAGCGCGGCCAACGGAGACGCUGAGCUGGAGGACGAGGACGAGGACGAGGACGAGGACGAGGGCAGCAGCACCACGGGGUCCGUCAGCUCCAGAGAGGACGACAACGGUGAGGUGUUUGAGUCCUCGCCGUCUCACAUCGCCAUGGUGACGCCCACCAGACCCCGCACCACAGAGGACCUGUUCGCCGCCAUCCACCGGUCCAAACGGAAAGUUCUGGGACGUCGCGAGUCGGAAGAUGAGCGUUCCCGAGGCCACUCCCCCUCCCCGCCGAUCACGCCCACCACCGCGGCGCCGACGACCCCCAGCCUGGGGACCAUGACGACCCCUCCCUCGGCGGCAACGUCGUUGUCGCGGCAACAGAGCGCCAUCCAGCGCAACCUGCGCAAGUCGGCGACGAGCAGCGACACGUUCAAGGCGCUGCUGCUGAAGAAGGGAAGUCGCUCGGAGGGAAGCUUCCGCAUGUCCGCCGCCGAGCUGCUGCGCUCCACCGACCCGCGCUUCCAGCGCACGCGCUCACUGGACACGCCCCCCGACAGCCCCACGCACACACACACACACACACACGCACACACACGCGUGGCCUACGACAGCCCGCCCGGCGGAUCGCCCAAUCACGCGCGCCGCACCACCGAGACCUGGACGCUGUCUCCGUCACGAGGCUCUUCAUCUUCGUCUUCAUCUUCAUCACCCUCCUCCUCCUCCUCCUCCUCCUCCUCGGCGGCGGGGCCCAAGUUGGGGCGUUCCAGGACGCCUCCGUCGGCCGCCAGCAGCAAGUACGGUGCGCGCUGCCGCCUGCUCAGCAGCCCCAUGACCGUCAUCUGCGAGCGCGACGGGGAGGCGGCCGAGGAGAACACCACCGUCGCCGUCACCGCGGGCAACGGCCCCAGCGGCACCAACGGCACGCUGCACGAGGACAGCAGCUAAGGCCACGCCCCCACGGGAGGACACGCCCCCUACGGGACGCUCCGCCAGCCACCGAACACUGCAGCGGCCGUCACUGUGGCAACGGGAGCACGAGCGAGGUAGAACCGCACGGGGACUGGUUCCACCCUGGGUUCCGUACAGGAACCUUGAGUCUUGAGGCUCCGCGGCUCUGUAGUUGGACUAGACAGAACCCCUCAGCUCCAGCUCACCGGGACUAAUGGGACUAAUGAACAGUGUUCCCCCCAGCUGCUGUUCCCCACAUUUAAACACCAAUCAUCUCCUCCUCUUCAUCUCCUCCUCUUCAUCUCAUCCUCGUCAUCACUUUCCUUUCUUUUGACAACAAGUGGUUUCUAUGGCAGUACUGACUCCUGGGCAUCUUGAGUGGUCUCCAUGGCAGCCUGGGCAUCUUGAGUGGUCUCCAUGGCAGCACUGACGCCUGCCGCUUGCUUUGUGUUCUUGUUUUGACCGCUUCCUCAGCUCGGGCGACCGCCGUGUCCCUUAGAGGAAGUGGACGCUCGUUGCUCGGGCGACCGCCGUGUCCCUUAGAGGAAGUGGACGCUCGGGCGAAGCUCGGAUGACUGCUGUGGUUUGGGAAAGUGUCAGAAAGGAACCGCCGAUCGUGAAGGACGAGUGACCAGCGUCAUGGCAACGAGUGACCAGCUGCUCCUGCCGUAGCAACAAGGUCACCGCAGCCUGCACAGAACCAAACCGGACUGGACCGUACUGGCGCGGCCACAUCCUGUCAUGUUGCGUUGAGGCGGCGAUAAGAGCAAUACUACUUCCUGCUGGAGGAAGCAGCCUGUGGUCGUCACGGCAGCGACAGUAGAGGACGGCCAGAGUGACCUGGCACGGGUGACCAUCUCAUGAUGUCACUUCCUGUCUGCUUGGACGGACGCUGGACUAAGAUGGGCAGGCCUGGAGUGUGUCCAUGGACAAGACAUAGAAACACACACACUUUCUCACACACACACACACACACACACACACACACUUUCUCACACACACACACAGAUAUUGAAACAGGUUUAUGAGGACAGCCUGAAUGGCCCCAGAAGGACCUAUGUCUUUUUCUUUAAGAGUGUGUGUGUGUGUGUGUGUGUGUGUGUGUGUAGUUUUGCACUGUUGAUGUGUUUAAUUUUAAUGUCCUCUGUUAGUUUGCUGAUGUUUUAAAUGUGUAAAGUGUUUGAGUUGAGCUGCCUCUCCUGCAGAGGGACUGUGUGUGUGAACAGAUAAAAAAGGUGAUUAAUGCCAAUUAACAGCUCAAGUGUGUGUGCUCUGAGUCACUCUGGUCUUUACUGCUUACCAAAGAGCCUGAUGCUUUAACAGCAGCCAGCUGAGAUCACACUCACUCACACACACACUCACACACACACACACACACACACACACACACACACACACACACACGUGUCUCAGACAGGGCUGGAGCGAGAGAGUGUGUGAGUUCCCUAACGUGACUGAAACACCAUUUCACCAUCACCCUCAGCGCCACCAUCAUCCCAACCUGUGCUGCCACCCCCCCCCCUCCCACACACACACACACACACACACACACACACACACACACACUGCGCUUUACCUGUAAAUACAGAGACAUAGUUUGAACUUAUUUUCACAUGACUUUGUAAAACAUUUUUUCAGAGCCCUUGCUGUUGAAAGGGAAGCAGCUUCCUUUUGUAGAGUAUUUAUUGUAGAGUAGAGAGGUUGU